AUGCCAAGUAUGCUGCCAAAAAGGACGGAAAGAAGAAGAAUCCAACAAAAAGAUAAGCAACAACACAGUGCAAAUACUAAGAAAUAUGACUCCAUGACUAACUCUCCAUUAUCGUCAUCUUCUAUUGAGCAUAAAGGCUAUCAAAACAAUUGUGAGAAAUGCAAAGAAAUAUCAAUUCCGGAAGAUGAAUCUUUCAAUGAAGACAUUGUAGCCGCUAGUAGCUCUUAUAAUGAUAUAGACAACAUUGACACUAAUACAACCACAUUUGAUAACACAGAGAACAACAUUGACACUAAUACAACCACAUUCAAUAAUACAGAGAACAACAUUGACACUAAUACAACCACAUUUGAUAAUACAGAGAACAACAUUGACACUAAUACAACCACAUUUGAUAACACAGAGAACAACAUUGGUGAAAGGAGAAGAACUAAACGUCACUAUAGGGAAGCUAUUAAAGGAAUAACUAAGCCAGCCAUCAGGAGACUUGCACAUGGGGGGGUGAAAUGUAUUUCAGAACUAAUUUAUGAAGACUCUUGUAAUAUAUUGAAAAAAUUCCUCAAAACUGUGAUUAAAGACGUGGUUGUGUAUACAGAACACGCAAAUUGA